GUUCGUUUGUUUGUGGUAUAACCUUUCAUUUACGCAAAUCAAUCUUCUUUUCAAUCCUUCAUUGAUUUACGAUAAGCAAGAACCUUUUUCCCGCAGAAAAGGGAGAGCUUUUUGUUUAUCCUCUGUUCUCAUUUCACCAAAAUCUCUCUUCUCUCGUGUUUAACUUGUUUCAUAAUUGCUCUGGGAAAUGUCUAAAACUUAUUAGACUGGCAAAUAAAAAACAUAGAGCUAAUCCGUGUUAUUUAGUGUUUGUCUCUUUGUUUUAAUCAUUCACUGUUCUAAGAAGAAGCACUGGAUCUCAAUAAAGCUAAGUUAAAUCCAGAAAUGCAGGAGGAAGCAGCUUCCAUUGAUCUAUCACUCAGCAGCACUAUGAAUGUCUUCUCCUCAGCUCUCCGUUUCGCAAUGUCCAUCGACACGCUUAAGAACUCUCCUGAGCUUGCUCAUGAACUCAAAACCUCAGCUCAAGAACAAGUCGAGUUCAUGCUGUCCCAUGACGAAGAAGUACGGUUACUGGUUUCUCAAGAGGAAGUUAAAUCUGUCGUGAGAUUAGGUAUCUCGAAUGUCGUAUCAUGCCUGCUUCUUCUUCUCCCCGAAGAGUUUGAUGUUCUUAAUACACUCUAUGAUGUUGAGUGGCUGUGCAAAGUGUUGCCGAGGAUGGAAUUGAUGAAAGAUCUUGUCUUUAAGUGGGCUGAUGUGUCAAAUGAGAUUCUUGUGAUUGCUCAGAACUGUAACCUAGGUGUGAAAGUGAAGCUGGUUGAGGUUACAGGGAAGGUUCUAGAAGCUGUUGGUUAUGGAGUUGUGAUUGUUCCUUCUAGAAGCAGAGCUUGUCUUCUGAAGCUAUGGUUGCCUUUCAUAAGGAGGUUAAAGACUUUGGUUGAUGCACAAGGAUCUGAGUCUGAGUACAGAAUGGAUGAAGAUCUUUGCGAGUUCUUAGAAGGGUCGAUGGUGUCUUUAGUUUUGACAUUGCCUUCUAAUGACCAAGCACAAGUGUUUGGAGAAUGGAUGAGAGGGGUUGCGGUGGAAGGCGUGAAGUUUCCGGAUUUGAGUGAAGCUUUUGAGGUUUGGUGUUAUAGAAGUAAAUCUGCAAAGAGAAGGUUGUUGGAAAAAUGUGAUAGACUUGCAAGUGAAAUCUUGCCCAUUGAAAAAUGUUAAUAUAUCGGCUUUUAGGUUAAGGACUCUGAGAGUGUACAAGAAGAUGUAGUUGUGCAAAUCAAUCUUUUCUUCUUCAAACUACUCUGCUUGUUCAAUUUACAGUUCACAUACAAUGCUAGAAUACCUGAAUCUUCCUUCCUUCUCCCAUAUGUAUUGUUGUAUCAUCUUUACUCUUUUAUUUGCUAGCUGCUUCAUUGUAUUCCUGGAUUGUAUUAGGAAUGACUUAAAGCUUCUGAUUCUUGUAGUGGCUCUAAACUUUUAUGCUGAUUUAUGUAUAAACCAACGUAAAUAUGUAAAGGUGAACACCGC